AUGUCGUCCGCCUCGCCGCGGAAGUCGACGCGGGCUGCCGCGACGCGUCGAAAGGCGCCCAUCAUUGACGACGACUCGGAAGGAGAUGAAAACCAGGCACCGAAGCAAGAGGCGGAUGAGCAAGACGACUUUUCCCCAGCACCCGCACCACAGAAGCGAGCACGAGGGCGACCAAAGAAAGUUGCUGGCGCGGCAGCGACUCCAAAGCCAGCAGCGACACGAAGAACACCACGGCAACCCCGCGCAACGGAGUCGGUCGAGCCAACAGAGUUGAUCGAACCGACACAGGUGUUCAACCCACCCACGGAGAGUCCCGCGAACCCCACACCGGCGAAAUCACCACGGAAGCGCAUAAUGGCGGCGAGCAGCCGCAAGUCGCGCGUAUUGGUAGCGGAAGAUACGACGGUGGAGGACUCAAACUUGCCUACUCCACAGCCGUCAGAGCCGUCAGAGACGCCGGAUCAGAGCUUGCUACAGUCGGAAGCAACUGUGAUUAAGUCUGAACCUCUUGAAAACCCGGAACCCGCUGCAGAAGCUGAACCCCAGCCGCCACCCGAGCAGCCUACUAUCGUGCCUGACGCACCCCUCGCAGAUAUCACCGAGACCGCUGCCAACGAACACAUACCCGUGCCGCGGUCACAAGCCGAUUCCGACGCCCGACCCGACGCUACAAUGGCGUUUAUUACAAAACACACGGUGCUGGAGAAGCCAAUGGACAUUGUGGUGCGCAAGAGGCUCGCAGGCAUUCCUUCGACUCAUCAGUCGGAUAUUCCACAACAGCGAACCGUGAUCGAGUGGCUAGUCCUGACCAACUUCAAGAGUUACGCUGGGGAACAACGCGUAGGACCUUUCCAUCGCUCCUUUUCCGCCGUUGUGGGGCCAAACGGAUCGGGCAAGUCCAACGUCAUUGACUCGUUAUUGUUUGUAUUCGGUUUCCGCGCGAGUAAGAUGAGGCAGGGCAAGAUCUCAGCUCUCAUUCACAACUCGGCCGCAUUCCCUGACCUCGAGUAUUGUGAAGUCGCAGUGCAUUUUGAAGAAGUCAAGGAUCUCCCUGAAGGAGGUUGCGAGCUCAUCCCGGAUUCCAAGCUGAUCAUUUCUCGGAGAGCCUUCAAGAACAACACCAGCAAAUACUACAUCAAUAAUAAGGAAUCGUCGUUUACAAUAGUAACCAGCCUGCUGAAGGGACGCGGUGUUGACCUCGACCAUAAGCGAUUCUUGAUCUUGCAGGGUGAGGUCGAAUCGAUCGCACAGAUGAAGCCAAAAGCCCAGGGUGAACAUGACGACGGCCUCCUAGAGUAUCUGGAGGAUAUCAUUGGCACAUCCCAAUUCAAGACACCUAUCGAGCAAGCCAUUACCGAGACAGACGAACUCAAUGAAACUUGUCAAGAAAAGGAGCGACGGGUAAAGAUCGUAGAGAAGGAAAAGGAUGGCCUCGAAGACAGGAAGAACGGAGCUCUUGCCUACAUCAAAGAUGAAAACGAGAUCGCAGUGAAGCAAUCGGCACUCUAUCAAAUAUACGUUUCUGAAUUCGAUGACCACAUUCAUGCGACCAGCGAGUCUGUGGUACAGAUGCAAACCCAGCUGGAUGACGAGCUCCAGAAACAUCAAGGAAACGAAGAAGGCAUUAAAGAGCUCGAGAAGCAGUACAAGAAGGGUUCAAAAGAGUGCGAGCGGUUAGAGAAGCAGGCCCAGGAAUUGCAGAAAGAGGUUGCUAAGAUCGACAAGGAGACUGUCAAGUUUGAAGAAAAGAAAAAAUUCAUGACCGGAAAACAGAAGAAGCUCGAGAAGACAAAGGAAACCAGUAGGCAUGGCAUUUCUGAGGCUACGACGAAUGCGAGACAGUAUGCUUCUGAUCUGGAGGGCUAUGCCGAGGAUAUGGUAACACUAGAGGAGAAGAUGGCGGCCGAAGAAGAGGAGCUUGAGGCUAUCCGUGCCAGCCUCGCAGGCAAAACGCAGGACCUAUCAGACGACAUCGCAGCGAAACAAAAGUCUCUCGAACCUUGGACCGCCAAGAUCAACGAAAAACAAUCUGCGAUCGCUCUCGCUCAAAGCGAGCUUGACAUCAUCCGCGAGAAGGAGAACGCGGGCGCAAGAGGCAUUACAGAGGUAGAAGCCAAAAUCGCUGCCUUGCAGGAAACCAAGCAGAACAAGCUCGGUGAGCUAGAAGAAUGCAAGGCGGAACAUAAGAAAGCAGAAAAAGAAGCUCAGAGAGUGCAGUCGAAACUCGAUCAACUGACACAGCAAGAGCCUGUGCUGAGAUCCAAGCUAUCUGGUGCCAGACAGAAUGCCAAUGAAGCGCGUGCGAGCCUCUCGGAAACUCAAAAUCAGGGCAACGUCCAGGACAAAUUAAUGAAACUCAAGGACCAAGGACGUAUCAAUGGUUUCCAUGGACGACUGGGCAAUCUCGGUACUAUUGACCACAAGUACGAUAUUGCCAUCUCAACAGCUUGUGGUCAGCUGGAUCAUUUCGUUGUCGAUUCAGCUGAAGUUGGAGAGCAGUGCAUCGACUACCUUAGGAAGAAUAACCUUGGCCGAGGCACCUUCCGUCCGCUCAAUCGUCAACAACAACGGGACCUUUCACCUAUUGAAACACCCGAGAAUGUACCACGAUUAUUCGAUCUAGUCAAGCCGAAGGACGACAAGUUCAAAAUUGUUUUCUACAAUGUUUUACAGGAUACACUUGUUGCAAAGGAUCUUGAUCAGGCCAACCGUGUUGCAUACAGCGCAAGACGGUGGCGUGUCGUCACACUUAAUGGCGAGUUGAUCGAGACAGCGGGCACAAUGAGCGGGGGUGGCAAUCGUGCAUCGAAGGGCAAGAUGUCAUCCAAACUUGCGGCCGAUGUCACAAGCACUCAAGUCGCCAAACUUGAACAAGAUCGCGAUGCCCUUGAACAGAGCUACGCUGAGCUUCAGGAACAACAGCGGGACCUAGAAGCGCAGCUUCGCAGCUUGAAUGCGCAAAUACCUCAGCUGGAGACAAGAGCUCAGAAGUUCGCCCUGGAGUAUGAGAGCUUCGACCGAAACAUUGCUGACUCCAAGCGACGGAUCAAGGAACUCAGCGCAGAACAAGCCUCAGUAAAGUCGGAUAAGGCUAGAAUCUCGAAGCUCGAAAAGAGCAUUGCUUCAGCUGAGAAGGAAGUCUUGAAACUGCACGCGGAGACUGCUGAGGUAGAGGCUGAAAUCAAAGAGCUCCAGGAAAAGAUCAUGGAGAUCGGUGGCUCCAAGCUGCGAACCCAGAACGCCAAAGUUGCUGAUGUAAAAGGCCAAAUCGACUCUCUUGCUGAUAUGACGUCGAAUGCAGAGGUGUCAAAGUCAAAAGAGGAAAAGCAGCUUGCCAAGCACGAGAAGGCCCACGCUGAUGCGGUCAGGGACCUUGAAAAGCUUGCACAGGAUGCCGAGAAGAUAGAGGAGGACAUGGAAGCACACAAGCAGAGCGCCGCAGGUAUCAGACAACAAGCUGAGGAAGCCCAGGAAGCCUUGGAAGCGACCAAAGAGGAGUUACAGGCUCUCAAGACCGAACUUGACGACAAGACGGCUUCACUGAACGAGACACGUGCCGUUGAGAUCGAGAUGCGCAACAAGCUCGAAGAUAGCCAGAAGACCCUCAAUGAAUUCACGAGAAAGCAGCUAGCAUGCCGUGAGAAGCUGUCUAAGCUGUCGUAUCAAAGCAUCAGUGAUCUCGGGGGGGAUCAAGAACAGGAGGGUGCAGGUCUCACCGAACACACCAAGGACGAACUUCGGGACAUGGAUAAGGACGAGAUCAAAGAUGAGAUCGCCGCUCUCGAAAAGAAGAUUGAGAACGUCACCGUCGAUCUCACUGUACUAGCCGAGUACCGCAAGCGCACCGAAGAGCAUGCGGAACGCACUCGCUCACUGGAUGAGGCUGUCGCUGCCCGCGAUAGUUCGAAAAAGAAGCUUGACGAGCUCAAGCAGUUGCGCUUGGUUGGCUUCAUGGAAGGGUUUGCUAUCAUCACCUCAAAACUGAAGGAGAUGUACAACCUCAUCACCAACGGCGGUAACGCGGAGUUGGAGUUGGUCGACUCGUGGGAUCCUUUCGCGGAAGGCAUCAACUUCAGCGUUAUGCCGCCCAAGAAGAGCUGGAAGAGCAUCUCGAACCUUUCGGGUGGAGAGAAGACGCUAAGUUCGUUGGCGUUGGUUUUUGCGCUACAUCACUAUAAGCCGACGCCGUUGUAUGUAAUGGACGAGAUCGAUGCUGCGCUGGAUUUCAGAAAUGUCUCCAUCAUUGCGAGCUACAUCCAGCAGCGCACGAAGAACGCACAGUUCAUUGUCAUCUCGCUGCGCAACAACAUGUUCGAGCUUUCCGCGCGUCUAGUCGGCGUGUACAAAGUCAAUCAUAUGACAAAGAGUGUGACGAUCGAAAACAAGGACUAUAUAAAGAGAUAG